CAGGGCUGGCUGGAGCCUGGCUCUCCAGCCUAGGAUCGCCUGCAGGGACCACGCAAACUGAAACCUCCAGAGAGGUCGUCUUCUCAAGAGUGCUUGGGCUCUAAUUUUGAGAACUAUGACAGAGAAAGACCUCCUCCAUUGGCACCUGCUGGCUUUGUUUCUCCUCCCUUUUUGCCUGGGUCAAGAUGAAUACAUGGAGGUGAGCGGAAGAGCUAAUAAAGCGGUGGCAAGAAUAGUGCAAAGCCACCACCAGACUGGCAGGAGGGAAAAAGUGAGAGAGCGGAGCCAUCCUAUAGCGGGGACUGUGGAUAAUAACACGUCUCCAGAUCCAAAGUCCCUGAGGCCAGAGGUUCUGUCGCACCCCGAGUUAAAUGACCUGGCCCAGAUCACCUCAUACAGGGUCCAGACAUCUCAAACUGGAGCACCUGACUGCAGCAAGUGUUGUCAUGGAGAUUUUGGUUACCGAGGCUAUCAAGGCCCUCCUGGACCACCUGGCCCCCCUGGAAUUCCAGGAAAUCAUGGAAACAAUGGCAACAAUGGAGCCACUGGGCAUGAUGGAGCUAAAGGUGAGAAAGGAGACAAGGGAGAUCUAGGCCCCCGAGGAGAGAGAGGACAGCAUGGCCCUAAAGGAGAGAAGGGGUAUCCUGGCAUUCCUCCUGAACUGCAGAUUGCCUUCAUGGCAUCCAUGGCUACUCACUUCAGCAACCAAAACAGUGGAAUAAUCUUCAGCAGUGUGGAAACCAACAUUGGAAACUUCUUUGAUGUCAUGACUGGGAGAUUUGGGGCCCCAGUGACAGGGGUCUAUUUCUUUACCUUUAGCAUGAUGAAACAUGAAGAUGUGGAAGAAGUGUAUGUGUAUCUGAUGCACAACGGCAAUACAGUCUUCAGCAUGUACAGCUAUGAAUCAAAAGGAAAAUCAGAUACAUCAAGCAAUACUGCAGUGCUGAAACUGGCCAAGGGGGAUGAGGUUUGGCUACGGAUGGGGAAUGGGGCACUACAUGGAGAUCACCAGCGCUUCUCUACAUUUGCAGGCUUCCUGCUCUUUGAAACUAAGUAAAAAAAAAAAAAAAAAAAAAAAAACAAGAACAAGAAGAAAAAGAAAAAGAAAAAGAAAAAAAAGCAUCUGCAUUGGGGGGGUGGGGAAGUUUCAUUUUCCAUGGGCGAUAAUUCUUAUGAUAUUUCUUACGGUCUAAGGAAGAUUUGAGAACUGUGGAAUAACAUGUCAGGAUUAACAGAACAGAACAGGAUGCUUUACAUAGACAAGCAUCAUCACAGGCAGGUAACCCUUUGGGAGGCCAUGAUAGAUUUAGAGGCCUAUAUAUAAAUGAUAAAGCCUGCCUAUAAAAGUCACCAAAGACUUAUUUAGCCUGGGCUAGAAAGGUCAGUAUGUUAAAUCAUAUUCUACCAAACACCUGAAAGGGAAUUCAUGUUGGCCAGGGGUGAGGGGUGGGGGGCAGAGAGGACUGUUUAAAAGUUUUUUGGCAAGAAGAGCUUUAAGGAUCAUUCCAUAUCAUCUGAGGCCUUCACACUGAUCAUUUCAAUAUAAACCAAUGCUUGCCACAGCCAUAUACAGAUACUUGCCUAGACAAACUGGUCCUAAGUAAGCUCCUGGUGAAAGGACAGAGAAAUUAGAAAGUCCCUAAGGAUUAGCUCCUUGGAAGAUUCAACAUCAAGGUAUAAGUUGCUCUUGUGAGAGCCUGUACAGCCUGUGAAUUCAGCUUGAAAUCAUUUCAGAGCGCAGCAGGUUUCUCUUAAGAAUUAAUCAAUCAAUAACCAUACUACGUGCCAGGCACUGUGCUCAGUGAUAUAAAGAAAAAAAUGAAGCAAUUAUAGAAAAAUGAAUUUAAAUGUAAAUUAAGGAAGAAAUGGCAAGAGCUUUAGGGUUCUGUUGAGGAUGGGGUCAGCAUAGCUCUUCAAAGGUCCAGGUUCUGCCACAUGGAAGCUCAAUCAUCCAUUCUCAUGAAACAGUAGCAUAGUCUAACACUGAAGAGUGAAAUCUUUAUGAUCUAGCAUUUAUACAAGAGUGGGAGUACAGGUGCUGAGGAAGAGAUUUGUCAUGUACCAAUGACUUCUAGAAACAGAGUCCAGGAAGUCAUUUGAGUUAUUGAAAGUCUAGAUUCCAAAUCAUCCCUUGACUUUUUUAAAGGUCUAAGGUGAGAUAGAAGAUGGCAACAACUGAAAUGAAAUUUUGUGAGAACAAAUGAUUCAACUGUAGAAGAAAGAGCAGGAGCUUGGUAUUGAUGGGGGUUGGAGCUAAAUAGGAAGCACCAAGAUUCUCAGGACCUACAUGCCAGGCAAUUUGGCAGAUUCAGGGAAGGUCCAUCAGGAAGUGACUUUCUGAUCUUGUGGACUGCAAAUCAAUGAAUAUAGCACAGUUGUUUAAGAGUCUUAAUCUUUUUUAACCCUAUAGCUACAAUUCUAAGAAGAUAAUUUAAGGUAGCUUUUAUUAGGACUCUUAAUGUAGCAAUAUUAUUCUAAAAUAUUCUCAAGGCCUCAUAAUUAUUCAAUUUCUAUCUUGUCUUUAAAUGUGUUUUCUUUACAUUUUUAUUGAUAUCUUUUGUUUUAACAUCACCUUUAUUUCCAACUAGAUACCUCCCUCUUUUCCCACGCAUUGAGCCAAAUUUUAUAACAAAAAAAGAGAAAAAGGUUGAUCAAAACUAACCCAAUCUCCCUUUAAAAAUUAAAAAAGUAUAGAGAACAUUUUUCUAGACCAAAAUUAUGCCUCUCUACUGGGUAGUAGUUUUUAAAAAGGAUCUUUACAUGAUCCAAACUUAGGCCCAUCAUAUAAUAUUUUUGAUGUUUGACUCUUUAUUCUUAGUGCUGGGGUUUGGCAUCCCUCCAAAGAAAUUUUUUUGGGGUUAAGAAUAGACACUAGGUGAUUCUAGUCUAAGGAGUCACAUGAGAGAAGCAAGAUUGCAAACAUCCAGUCUCUAGAUACUAUAGGUAACAAAUAAUACUCAAAGGUUUUUUUUUUCUUCUUACAAAAUCACUCUGAUAACCACUGCCAAUUUAUAUCCCUUCCAAAUACAAUUAUUCUAGGGUCUUUAAGCACAUAAAAUGAAACUAAACAAGUUAGCCUAAUAAAACCUAAUUUCAAUUGCAUUUUAGAUGAAAAGGAAAAUGAAACAUGACUAUAAGAUAGAGAAACAAUUAAAGAAAAAACAAAACAAACACCUCAGUUUACCAGAACCAUAAAUGUAUGGAAUGCUUUUGGAAGACCUUCUACUGAUUACAACAAUGCCUCCAGAGGUCACAUAAUUUCUUUAUCUCCUUUGUGGAAUCUGUUUUAAGAGACAGUUUAUGAGAAAUCAAUUAACCUUACCAUUUUAUAAUUAAUGCUAGAUUUCUUUUUAACCUUAAAAGGAUAUUCCCUACCUAUCUAUUACCAGCUUGAUUCCCUACUUUUUUCAUUAAAUUGGACACCAAAUGGCUUUUGGAUUCUGGAAAUCAUAUCCAUCUACAAUGAAAGCAUUUCUAUCUGCUUUCAAGAGUAUUCAAGAAAUUGUCACAGAUUUUAAAAGCAAUGUCUAAGAGAUUCUCUAAUGAUCUGAAGAAGGGCAGCAUAGAACUGAGGACUAUUUUGAAAAGAGUAAUUGUUAUUUACAUGUACAAGUUCUGAUUUUUUUAAGUCAAUCACAUAAAAUAGCAGUCAUAACUUGUUCUGUGAAUGCUUUAAAACAACUAUUGUGCUGGGAUAAUGAUGUAUCCCUGAUGCUAGGGAGGCAGAGGCUUCUUCAUCGCUUGAACUCAGGAAUUCUGAGUUACAGUGGCUAAGCCAAUAAGAUGUCCAAACUAAAUUUCAUACAAUAUGGUGAGUCUCCAGGCUACCAAAGGAAUGGUAAACAAGUCAAGGUAAAAAAAAAAUAGGUCAAAGCUCUUAGGCCAUCAAGAUUGGUACUAGGAUUUGAGUGGCCACAACACUUCUAGCCUUGAAUAUAUAUGGAGAUUUAGCCUAACAAAUAAUAAUAAUGAGGAAAAAAACUUUUAGGGAUUAGAAGGAAGGAAUGGAUAGAUGAGUACUAUGGAAAUACAGCAUCACAGAAUUUGAGUUGGACGCGGCCUUAGCAGCCACCUAGUUGAAUCUAUACCAGAAAGGGAAUCCUCCCACUACAGUAACCAAGAUAAAACCUGGAAGGAUGGUUUGAAAACUGUCCUCUAGUAAACACACACAUAUUUGAGUUACCCCAUAAUUAUUCUUCAGGCUUGGCCAUAGUAUACAAUUGCUACCCCAUUGAGCUCAUUCCAAGAAUUGUCAGCAAGAGAAUAAUAGCAAUUCUCCUCUUGUUCUUCACUUCAGUUGAUACAUAUAUUCUUGAAAAUCUCCACAUAAAUGAAUUGUCAAAUUGAAUAGAAAUUUAAAUUCAUUAGAAAUCUUAGGAGUCAUUGAGUGAAUGAAUCUCUUUUUAAAGUGAAAAACCAUAACUGGAUUUUUUUUUAAAAUCAGAAUGUGCUUUUAUUCCCUACUGGGGGGGAACCAAAAUUGGAUUUCCCAAGAUGUGACUUUGAAACCAAUAGCUCCAUAAACAUGCUAUCUAGAACCAGAGGACCACAUCAAGGCUAUCCUAAUAACCUUCCUAAUAUCAUUUUCUAUGUUAUGCCCUUUUGAGUUUCCAGAUAGACUUUCUAAAAUACUUUUAAAAUCUUUCCUUUGACGCAUAAAAAUGUGCAUGCUCUUUUAUAUAUAGUGAUUUUAAAAGUGAAGGCAUACUAGCCAUAAUAUACUUGACAUUUUUGUGAAUUUUUCUAUACCAAUAUUAUAGAAAAUUUUCUUAUGAAUUUAUUGUCAACAAGUGUAGUGAGAAGCUCUACAGAGCUCCAAGGAGUUUCCACAACCACAAAGUAUAUUGCAUUAUGAAUAAAAUGUCUUAUUGGCAUUUCAAGUUGCCUCCAACAAAACCUCUGAAGCAUAUUCAUGAUAAAUUUGGGCUAUAAAUGUUAUGAGCCAAUAAUAUAUAGCAAUGCAUGUCAAGUAAAUAUGUAUCAACACAUACACUGUUUCAUUUUUGUUAAAUGUGCUAUUUCUUGAUAUUCUAAAUAAAUAUGCAGUUAUAAAACUUGGUGACUAUAGCACUGUUUACAUUAAAAUAACCCAAGUAUAAGAUAUAGCCAAGUAUCAUAGAAUGUAUCUAUAUAAGUGUACAGACAGGUCUUAGGAAUUGGGUUCCCAACCCAAACUAUCAAUAGAUCACUAUAUUGUUUUAGCACAUAGUUGAAACCUAAUAAAUGUUGUUUUUAAAAAUUGUAA